AUAAAUUUUUCAUUCUAGAGUUUUAUCCGAAACAGAACACUAAUAGCAAUGAUCUAUACAGUAUUUCUCAUUAUUUUAUUCCCUAUUUUGGGCACUUAUGGGUCUAAGCCAGUACUAAAAAUGCCAUCUCAAUCGACUGAAAAAUUUAUGGCAGCAGCAACACAUUGUAUAAAAGAAACGGGUGCACCAGAAGAUUGCUUAACGUUAUCUCUGCCUUGGAAAUUGCCACAAAAUGAACUCACAGAAAAGUAUUUAUAUUGUCUAGGACAAACUACGAAAUUGGCUAAAAGUGAUGGCCACUACUAUCCUGAGAAAGUGAUGAAACUUUUUGCUGGAAGCGAUAUUAAAGAAGAUAUCGAAAAAACAAUGGUCGAGUGUAAUUCAUUAGAAGGGGAUAACGUAUUUGAUGUCAAUUAUAGAAUUACCGAUUGUUUCCACAAAAAAGCCCCAGUUAUAUUAAGUCUUUAAUAUAUUCAUGAUGAAAACUAUAUACCAAUACUAUGGAUAGAAAAUUCUUCUUAAAAUGGCUUGGUGAAUUAUAAAUUUAAUAAUUAUAGUAUCAAAAAAAUUGUAAUGGAAAUAAAAAUUUUAGAU